AGGCAAUAAGGUCUGUCACAGCUAUAGAGCACCGGAUGGUCAGGACAUCUCCAGCUAGAUCUGCUUCUCUUCUGACUUCUUUAUUUCAGGGGCCGCGAAUCCGGCGGAGAUGCCUGGAAGCAGUACGUUCGCUGGAGUGCAUGCACGAUCAACUUUUCCGAUGCUGCACCUCUGGCGCAGGGAGUGAACUUCUCCACAUGAUCGAGAUAGUAAUUUGAAAACCGGCCGAGCCUUCAGUACUCGAUUGGACGAUGGGUUAUCUCGCGGCUGUCGUGGCACCGCAAUUGGGAUUUAGGGUGAUUGCAGGGGCCAGCCAAGUAUGGAUGGUAUCCAAUGGCACUCUUUCUGUAGUGGGCUUCAUCGUUAUUCUUGUAAUCAUAGCUGCCGUUUCUUCUCUCAUCACAACCAUACCUAUAUCUGGACACCGGCCAGCGUCGUGAUGAUAUAUAAACGUGAGAGCAGUCCG